UUUUGGAGUAUAAGUUGGACAUGCUGGUGGAAAUUGUUGAUUAUCUAGCAGAAAAGGGGGUGAAGAGAGAAUGGAUGGGUUUUGUUUUAAGCAGUUGUCCAAGAGUGUUAACUUUAAGCAUGUCUGAAAUAGAGUUUCGUGUAAAGUUUUAUAUGCCAUGGGCAUGGAUGAGAAGGACUUUGGUACAAUGGUCUAUGAUUAUCCCAAGGCGCUUGGUUUCUUCAGCUUGGAAGAGAUGAAUAGUAAGGUCAAUUAUCUCAAGGAGUUCGGCUUGAGUACUGAAGAAGUUGGACAGCUGUUAGCUUACAAACCACAGCUCGUGGGUUGUAGCAUUGAAGAACGGUGGAAACCUCUUGUGAAAUACCUGUAUUACCUUGGUGUGCACCGCGAUGGUAUGAAGAGAAUACUUAUGGAAAAGCCAGUAAUCUUUUGUGUUGAUUUGGAGAGAACUAUUGCACCAAAGGUUCGGUUUUUGCAGGAUAUAGGUGUUAGACAAGAAGAUAUUGGAAGUGUUAUUGCAAGAUUCCCGCCAUUUUUAAUAUAUAGCCUUUACAAGAAAAUUCGGCCAGUGGUUUGUACAAAUAUAUUAGUAGCAAUUUUGAUAUUUUUUAUGCACCAAGCACGAAAUAUGUAGUGCUAUUAACUUCUUUGUCUUGCUAUGAUUGGUUACAUGAAUUUUGUUACUAUUAGAUAGCUUGAACCGUUUAUACUGAACGGAUAAUUUAUAGUGUAAAGUUACAGUAUAAGUAUCUAAACCUGCUUUGCUAUCAUUUAGCAUGGGCAUGUAAAGUUACAGAAAGUAUCUGAACCUGCUUUGCCAUCUCAUAGCAUGAGCAUUGCAUUGAUGACUAAUUUUAGCAUUCCCUAAGCUCUUUAACUCAUGACCGAAUUUCAUAUUACUAUAUUCUUCUAUAUGUCCACUGCUUU